AUGGCCGACAUCACAAACAAUCCGUUCAUCGACAAGACUGCUUCCGCGGCCUCUCGUUACCCCAGCCUAGACACAGAUCGGUCUUCCUCUCCUCAUGUUAGCGCACAAUACACAUCAUGGCUUCAAAGCCCAGUAUCCUCAUCCUCAGGGCCUUAUAUCAGUAACGGAGCUCCCAGCCCUAUGACCAACAAUCCGGUAGGAUAUCCCGGGGUACAGCCAGUGUACCAGCAGCCGCAGACUCCUUAUGCGCAGCAAUGGAGUGCGCCGCAACCAGCAUAUGGGAUGCAGCCCUCCCAAUAUAGUGACCAGGGUACGCAAGGGCUCGCGCCUUCGGGCUCGUACGGCCAACAAUUUGUCGCACAAUCGACUGGAUACCCUCAACAUCAAAAUUAUGCUGGCAUGCCACAACAGGGAUAUGGGGGAUACCAGUCGCAAUUUGGACACGGACAGCAGCAGCAGCAGCAGCAGCAGACGCCAGCGUACGGCGGCAACUCGUACCUCGCUCAAUUUGACCCGUAUUCUAACAACAUCACCUCCCCUGCCGGCCAAGCGCCUCCCCUCUCUACCAAUCCGUCUUUCUCUAGCGGUUCGGUCAACAGCCACUCUCCACAUCCACGCAUAUUUAUCAGCACACACAAAGCAGAGCUGGAGCAGUGGGACGCGCCGACAUGGAAGCAGGCGCUGAACACGUUUGAUACGCUUAAAGGGGCAUGGCAGCAGCGGAAGGAGGCGGCCGAGGCGCGAGUGCGGGCUCUUGGAGGUGUGCCUGGCGGCGCGAGCGGAUUUUUUGGGGCACCACCGGCCUACGGGAGUGGAUAUGGCGGGUAUGGGUAUGGGCAACAGCAGGCGAACCAACAAGAAAUAGAUCGGUUGAAUGCUGUCGCCAAAGAGGCCGAGGCCAAUGUCGACACCGUCGCCGCGUCUGCGUUCCAAAUGUCCGAAGUCUCCACUGGAUACCGUCAUUCGAACGAUCUGGCCAGCAAGCGGCGUGUACGUGAAUCGUGUAACGCAGCAAUCGCCAGUCUACCGGAUUGGCCAUCUCCAGCAUUCUGA